CCACCAGCCCCAAACGUGCUUUCGCAGCAGCUUGGUUUCCAAAGGAGAAUCUUUUUCCUUCCUGUAUAUAAAGAAAAGAAUCUUAUUAUUUACUGCGAGCUCAAUACCCGUUUUCUGUAUCUCAAUCUGAUCUUAAGUGUUUGAGUGUUGGUCGUUUGCGAGACUAUUCGCCCUUCUCACACCAUAUACCCUUCUUCACUUCAUACUGCAAAUAUGUCUGAUCUUCCGGUCAGGACCGAGAAGGCUGGGCCACUCAAUGUGCUCAUGGUCGGAACUGGAGAGUAUACCACUGGCUUCGUCGAUGGCAAGGCUUCCGGCUCCGACAAGAAGGUCGGCGUUGUUGGCUUGACACUGUUCGACCUGCGCCGACGUGGCAAGGUUGGCAAAUUGAGCAUGGUCGGCGUCUCUGGAAACAAAUUCCCUGCAAUUAGGGAGCAUUUGAAGAAGAACAUCACCGAUGCCUACAAUGGGCUCGACACAUCUUUUGAGUCGUUCCCGGCGAACGACGCUCGCGACCCAGAUGCUUACAAGACUGCCAUUGACGCCCUCUCCCCCGGCGAUGCCAUCACAAUCUUCACCCCCGAUACCACUCACUACCCCAUUGCCCUCUACGCCAUCGAGCGCAAAAUCCACGUGCUCCUCACCAAGCCCGCGACCAAGACCCUCGCACACCACCAGGAACUCGUCGAAGCCGCCAAGAAGGCCGGUGUCUUUGUCUUCAUCGAGCACCACAAGCGCUUCGACGCAGCCUACGCUGACGCCAAAUUCAAGGCCCAGAAACUGGGCGACUUCGACUACUUUUACUCGUACAUGUCGCAGCCAAAGUCUCAGCUCGAGACGUUCAAGGCAUGGGCCGGCGUGGACUCGGAUAUCUCAUACUACCUCAACUCUCACCACGUCGACAUCUGCGACAGCAUGGUGCAGCAGCUAGGAUACAUCCCAACCAAGGUCACCGCGACCGCCUCCAAGGGUGCAGCCACGGACUUGGGCUGUGACCCCGUAACUGAGGAUACCAUCACCCUCCUCGUUACAUGGGUGAAGAAGGACGACCCGGCACGCGUCGCCACCGGCGUCUAUACCGCGUCAUGGACUGCACCUCUGAAGGCCGGCGUCCACAGCAACCAGUACUUCCACUACAUGGCUUCGGGCGGAGAGAUUAGAAUCAACCAGGCUAAGCGUGGCUACGACGUCGCGGACGACACUGCGGGACAGCUUGUCUGGUACAACCCAUUCUACAUGCGCUACGCACCAGACGAGGAGGGCAACUUUGCAGGACAAACUGGUUACGGGUACAUCAGUUUCGAGAAGUUUGUGGAUGGUAUCCAGGCGCUUAAGGAGGGCAGGGCCACUCUGGAUGAUUUGGAUAACAGGGGUCUUCCUACUCUUAAGAACACCAUUGCGACGACGGCAAUCUUGGAGGCUGGCAGGAGGAGUAUCGACGAGGGACGCGAGAUUAAGAUUGAGCAGGCCGAUGGGAUCUGGCGCCUAGUCUAAAUAGAUGUAGGGUGUUAGCCGCGCGGUUUAUAGUUUAGAAGUAUACGCUAGCGGGAUCGAAGAAAUGAAAUUAG